AUGCCUUCCGAAGGAGGCGACACCCGUCUGGACAGGCCUGCUGGCUCGGAGUCACGCCCGCGACCCGAAGACCAGCCCCGAUCGCCGGCGGACGUCAGCCUCAUCGACACCCUCGCGCGGGCCUUACAGAGGGUCAAGAUAAAACCGGAGGAUGAAUACAGGGAAGUCUCAACCCCUAAAGAAACAAUACGUGUUAGCGCAGGGAAGACCGAUGCGAAUAUCUCGGCAUUGAAGGUGGAGCAUGGGACGGAAGCUGUAGAUCGGGCAGUUAAGGCUUGGCAGCUAAUUAUAUCCAAGAUACAAGUACCGACAAUAGUCCCUGCAAUCCUAGCUAGUGGUUACCCCACUGAAUCGUGGGAUCAAUUUCUCAACUUUUACCGAGUGCACGCAGAAACGGACAAGUUGGAGUUGCAGGGGCAGUGGUACUCGUUGAAGCAGCAAGUAGGGGAGGAGCCCCGGCGCUAUCUCACAAGAACAUCAAUACUUCGCCAGAAACUAGAAGCGUACGGUUGGGUGCAAUCCGAUCAUGAUGCUAACGCCCACUAUGUACGCAACCUUCUGCCCGAUUUCAAUGUGCAGAGGAGCGUGUUGUUGGCGCAUUCGGAGGUCAAGACGGAAUUGGUAGAAAAGGUGAUUCUGACUGCCUGGGCGGAGACGGAGGCCGCUAGGAAGAGGGCGUCGGAGAGCGUGGGGGCGUAUGCCCUCGUCACUGGCGGUGACAACCGUGGUGGCGGGGGCGGGAACAUGGGGGAUAGGGGGAUUACGAGAGGACAACGGAGGACGGCAGCGCGGCAACAGCAGCAACAACCGCAGCAGCCACAGCAGCAGCAUCAGCCCGGGGUUGGGGAGGUCCCUCGGGCGGCCAAGGUGCGAGCUACGGCGGAAGGCACGGGCCCCAGCAUGGGGGCCGGGGUUUUUCUGGGGAAGGACGUCAUCAGCAGCAGCCGGCAGGAGGAAGAUUUGGGGGGCGUGGUGCCGCUUCCGGUGGGAGGGGCAGGGGCCCUUUUCACCAGGGACCGCCGGGCAGCAACCUCCCCGCUUACCCUGUACCUCAGCGGGGCUACGACUACAGCGCCUACCCCCCCCACAUGUACCGCCCGCAGGGAAAUGAACCNCCAGGAGCAGCAGGAGCGACGGUGGCGACGACGGCAGCACCAUCUACGGGGGGGCAUGCAGUGA